GUUUCCCACCCAACUCCGGCGAGAACAUCGAAGGAAGAAGAAGAUUACCAGAGAUGACCUCCCAAACUCAAAUUCAAAAUCAGAAACCCCCAAUCAACCACCGGGAAGCCAAUUCAACCACCACCACCUCCGCAACCUCCACCGGCAGAAAACAAUGGUCCAUCCACGAUUUCGAAAUUGGAAAACCCCUGGGCAAAGGCAAAUUCGGCCGCGUCUACCUCGCCCGUGAAGUCAAGAGUAAGUUCAUUGUGGCGCUGAAAAUAAUCUUCAAGGAGCAGAUAGAGAAGCAUGGAUUGUACAAUCAAUUGAGGAGGGAAAUGGAGAUUCAGUUUAAUCUUCAACAUCCUAAUGUUUUGAGGCUCUACGGCUGGUUCCACGAUGAUCAGCGCAUUGUUCUUAUUCUGGAGUACGCUCACGGGGGUGAACUCUACCGCCAUCUCCGCAAGUCCGGCUCCUUCUCUGAGAAACAAGCUGCCACUUACAUAGCAAGUCUCACACAAGCAUUGGCAUAUUGUCAUGAGAAGCAUGUGAUUCACAGAGAUAUUAAGCCUGAAAACCUGCUAUUGGAUCAUGAGGGGCGUUUGAAGAUAGCUGACUUUGGAUGGUCUGUUCAGUUGAAGUCAGAAAGCAAACGGAUGACUAUGUGUGGAACUUUAGAUUAUUUGGCACCAGAAAUGGUGGAAGAGAAGGCUCAUGAUUAUGCCGUCGAUAACUGGACUUUAGGUGUGCUGUGCUAUGAGCUUUUAUAUGGUGUCCCUCCAUUUGAGGCAGAGAGUCAAAAAGAUACAUUCAGAAGGAUAAUGAAGGUUGAUCUUAGCUUCCCAUCUUGUCCAAUCGUGUCACCAGAAGCCAAAGAUCUAAUUAGUCGGCUCCUUGUCAAAGACUCAACUAAGAGGCUCUCGCUUAAGGAAAUCUUGGAGCAUCCAUGGGUGGUUCAGAAUGCUGAAUGGUCCCAGGUCUAAGUAGUACUGUUCCUUGCUCACCUAGCUAACUGCUGAUCAUGUAGUAAUGUUGCGCAGCUCAACCUCUUGUUCUUAGUAACUUUAGAGUUCUGUCUUGCUGCAUGACAUUAGACAAUUAGAUGUAUAUAUUUCAGUGUGAUUUAAUGGAUUUGGGACUAUUUGGACAUGAAGCCAAAUCCAAAUCGGUGGAUUUUUUGUGCUGCCAAAUGCCGAAUUUGGUUUUGGAGGCUCCAAGACAAAUCCAAGCUUCCAAACAGAGUCUUAGUAAUAUUAUGAUUAUGCUGAGUAUAUCUUGCUCCUCCCCACCCUUUCGCAUUACUUAUGGUUACCUUUUUCUUAUUUUUGCUCCACAAGAUAGAUACAAACAAUAUUUACAGUGACCUUCAAGAUUUAUACAAUAUUAACAUCUUACAUCAUACAACUACCUGUGUUUACAUUUUGCACAAAAGAAAACUGGAAUAAAGCCAAUAUAUCAACCCAUCAAAUCGGAGUACAUGAUUUGCUUGAUAUUUCAAUCCAGCUUCAUCAGAAUCCUCAACUUUUUCUCACUCAACAAAAAAUAGACUGCUGUAAAUUAGACAUUAAGUACACUAUUAUACUGACAGUUCUAUUUACAUGUGGGUUGACUGCAAAUAAGACUACGACGAAGUUCUGGCUUACACAGGCGGUAUUGGAUCUCCAUGUAAGUCGUAUUUGGAAUGGUGAAAAUAUGGCAGCAUUAGGUGCAAAAUCUCCCUGAAAUGGACAUAAUAAUACAAAGGUGCGCUCAGGUUACCUAUCCUAUGCCAAUACCACUGCCAGAUGCUUCGGUAGAUUUUCUCGCGCGGACCUGAAACAAUGAACCUCAUGAAAACUAUAAGUAGAAGUGCCGAUGGACCCCAAAUUAGUAAAGGAUGAUAAUUUUGAAAUGCGGCCAGUAGAAGAUCCUGUCCUGCGAAAAGCGUAGCAUUUUGUAUUUGUAUUGUACGGUAAUUUAGCCAGCACUUCCCUCUCCAGCUUUUCAGUUUGAGAAGUUGGACAGAUUCAAGUUUCCACCUGAAAACCAAUAUUAAACAUCCAAAUACUAAGACCAAAAGAGUCUUAAAGUGGAGGAGCCCAAAUAGGGUCACUGCACACUGGAUGCUUUGUGUAAGCAAGAACUGCAUGAUCCCGAAAUCAGUAGACGGCUUGACAGUUGCAAACAUAUACAAGAAGGAUACAGCGGAGCCCAAUAAAGCAAGCAUAAGAUCCAUAGAUUGGAACCUGAAAUAGUAUGUACUAAGUGCAUUUGCCAACAUCCCACAAACAAUUUCAAUGUACUUUCUUUGUUCAUAGGCGCGGGCCGCCAAUGAUGACCUUGAGGUUAAACCUAUAAAGUAAGGUGUUACUAGGACAUGGUAGUAAUAUGGGAUCAGUAACAUCAUAAUCUUCAAGAGAACAUUACGAGAAAACAGCAGCACCACAACUGAAAGCCAAUGAAGCUUAUCACUUGGGAUGUAGAAAUCAUCGUGUACCUGAUCGAUUUCCAUUGAACCAAGACAGACGGCGAGAAACGAGAUCCAAUAAACUGAGAAAUCGAAACAAUAUUGUACCAUAGCUUUGCAGAUAGCGAGACCUAAGAGAUGCUUAUAGUUAUCUUGUAUGAAGUUUCGCAAGUCAAUAUAACUUGGAUCAUAUUCCAUCUCGGAAGCUACUUGAAACAGAAUCAAAUGAUCAAAAGAAUACGCCGUGGAAUAGAGUGGGAGGAAACUGAUGAAAAGAUCAAAACCAUUGAUGAGUUCAUCAGAAACCGGGAUGGUGGCUUUGCGCAAACUUUGUGAUGCAGCUCCAGCGCUUGCCGUGCUGAGCGCGUACCAAACACCCAACCACAACAUAUCCCACCAAUCCCACAUGUUGUUAAUUAGAUUGCUGUAUCCGGGGAAGUGGAGCUAGUAACUUACCUGUUUUAAGAGUGAUUAAUGGCGUAGGAUUAGAAUACAAUAAGAUUACUGAUUAGUCAUGCAGUUUAAGAAAAGAGCCUACUUUUCUGGUAUAAAUUCACAUUGUGCUAACUCAAGGAAAUACACCAUUUUGCCAUCUGUCUCUGACUUCUACUUUUUUGUCUCUGACUUCUAUGUGAUGAGAUACUACAUGCUUUAGUCAAUGACCCAGUCUAGAGGCUUCAUUAAGGACUUGUGACUUGGACCGAAAUGAAAGAAAAAGAGUGACUUUUGUUGAAAUCUAUGGCGCUAACGUGGGAACUGGUUUUUGGGAAGACAAGUUUUAGUUGAAAUGAAGUCCAAUUAUCGUUUACCACUUCACCGUGCAUGUGUGUAUAUAUAUAUAUAUAUAUAUAUAU